AUGCAUGUCGAUUACGUACUUGCUCUGGUUGGCUCCAUAUUCUUCUUCCUAACAGCGACCAUUACUUUAUUUGCAAUAUGGAAGCCUAAAUCUAAUGGAUCUGUAAUCGCUGCUUCUGAUCUUCAACGACGCAGGUAUUUGAUGCUUGGCCUUGGUUUUGGCCAUGGCACUAAAUGUUUAUGCUUCACAUUUCAACAGUUGUUCCUUUCACGUAGACUGGACAGGACAACAAUUCAAGACUGGAUCUAUGGAGGAAGAAGGAGGAACGUAAGCCAUCCAUCUCAUCUCCGCAAGACCACUGGUGGUGUUGGUCCAUAUUCUUCAACAACUCGAGACUAUAUGAAGAUAGUCGACAAUAACGCUAAGGGAGAAAUUAUGAAGGUUAGAAAGUCGAUACGAAAUUUGUAUAGAAACCACUUUACUCGACAUGUGCAUAAGAACGGAAAUUAUAGCAAGACAUUCGACUCACUGGAUGCAAUGUUGAUUGUUUGCAAUGCCCGAAAUAAAUGA